UCGCAAUCCAGGGAAUAUUUAAGCACCGGGACGAGCCUCCAUCUGACUCAUUCGUCUUGGACCCCCGUGACGUUUCCCAGGUUCUCCUUUGAAUUUUUAUAUUUCUCCUCCGGAGGUUGUCAUCAACGGCAUCAAAUCUAUCAUGAAAACUGACAUCAAGGAUGUUGCUGCUUUCAUCACCGGCGGUGCCUCAGGAAUCGGCAAAGCUGUUGCAGAGAUGAUUGUGUCACAUGGCGGUCAGGUUGCACUGGUGGACAUCGAUGACGAAACAGGUGCAGCAGUCGCUGAUCAACUGGGACCAAAUGCUCUCUAUGUUCAUGCUGACGUACUCUCCGAGGACGAAAUUCGCAAGGCACUGAAAUUAACUCAGAAGAAAUUCGGCAAAAUAAAUGUCCUGAUUAACUCCGCGGCCAUAUUAGGGGGUGAAUACUUCUACGACUAUGCGACAAAUACCCCCCAGCCCCUGGAGUCAUGUCGAGAAGUAAUGGAGGUAAAUACGAUUGGUGUUUUCAACGUGAUGAGACUGGCAACAUCGGUGAUGAUGGAGGCACCAACUGACGAGGACGAGCAACGAGGAGUUAUAAUAAAUCUGAGCAGUAUCGCUGGUUAUGGUGUUACCGAUCGUAUCGUUUAUGGUGCAUCUAAAGCCGCUGUCAAUGCUAUGACAGAGCCUGUUGCCAGGUGGUUAGCCCCUGUGGGUAUACGUUGCGUUGGCAUUGCACCUGGAGUCGUUGAUACGCCCAUGAUAGCUUGCUGGACACAGGAAGUCAAGACACGAAUGAUCAACGGUGGAAUGACGCCUAAGAGAAUUGGACAUCCGACGGAGAUAGCUCACAUAAUAAAAUGCGUCAUCGAAAAUCAUUACAUCAACGCUGAAAAUAUUCGCAUCGACACCGGAUUCCGAUCCAACAAUUCUUGUGUACCAUUAUCACGAGUUAUGCAAUGAUUUUUAAAGUCUUAGGAUUAUCAUAAGUCGUUCUGGCGAUAGGCGUGAGAUUGACUAUCCUCGUUAAGACGAUAUUAAUCGCAAUGGAGUCUCGAUUAAUUUGUGCACAAUUUUUUCAGUAAUUUUUUAUUUUAAGAGAGAGGAAGAAGUUUUUUUUAUCUGAAUGAAGGGCUACAGUUGAUUAGUUGAAUGGGAUUAUUCAUCUCGACAACAAGGAGUCGAUUGAUAUUUAUGAAUGAAUCAAGUGAUUAUGUUCAGCAAUUAUUUUCUAACAAUUUGGAAAUAAAUACAAAAAUUGCUGCACUUGCAAUUUUUUUACAGCCGAUAAAUUUGAAUAAUAAAUCCAUAAAUACACUGGGUA